AUGAGCAAGAUGCUUCCCAUCGCAGCAGCCCUCCUUUUCUUCUACGGCACCGUGGCCCUGCUCGGAGCUGCAGGCAGCCAAGCCGCGGUGGUGGAGCACACCUUUGUUGUAAAGCAAGUGUAUAUUCGACACCUUUGCAAUGAUACGCUGGCCACCGUGGUCAACGGCCAGUUUCCAGGACCACCGGUAGAGGCUACGGAAGGGGACACGGUGAUUGUACACCUCGUCAACGAGUCACCCUUUGGAAUAACAAUUCACUGGCAUGGCGUAAAGCAGCGACUAACGUGUUGGGCGGAUGGCGCCGGAAUGGUAACACAGUGCCCAAUCCAGCCGAACUCCACAUUCACCUACCGGUUCAAGGUGGACGGCCAGGAGGGUACGCUGUGGUGGCACUCUCACGUCUAUAUCCUCCGGGCAACCCUGCACGGCAUCAUCAUCAUCCGCCCAAAGUCCGGCUCCUACCCAUUCAAGAAUCAGCCUCACAUGGAUGUUCCAAUCAUCAUAAGUGAAUGGUGGCAGAGAGAUUUGAUGAAAGUGGACAGGAACUUCUCCAAUGGGGGCAAUUUCGAUGAUAACCCCGCUGGGUCCACCAUCAAUGGAAAACUUGGUGAUCAAUACAACUGCUCCGGCGUCGUAGAAGACAACUUCGUUCUGAACGUGGAGCGUGGCAAGACGUACCUGCUCCGGCUAGUGAACGGGGCGCUCUUCUCCGAGUACUACUUCAAGGUCGCCGGCCACAAGUUCACGGUGGUCGGCGCUGACGCCAACUACAUCACGCCAUACACCACCGACGUGGUCGCCAUCGCGCCCGGCGAGACGUUCGACGUCCUCAUGGUCGCCGACGCGCCGCCCUGCCGCUACUACAUGGCCACCCUGGCCAACCAGCCGCCGCUCCCGGACCCCCAGAUCCCGGUGUUCGUGUCCAGAGGCAUAGUGCAGUACACGGACAUCCCCCGCGCCGACGCGGACAGGUGCAGAGACCAGCCGCCCCAGAUGCCGGAGAUGCCCAACCAGCACGACACGAUGACGACGUUCUACUUCCACGGCAACCUGUCCGGCCUGCCCACCCACCCGCUGCUGCCGCAGCUCCGGGGCCGCGUCGACGAGCACCUCUUCAUCUCGCUCGGCAAGGGCACCAUCUGCCGAGAGGACAAGCCGUCCUGCAAGAGGGGAGGCAGCGACGAGGCCAUCGAGGUGGCCUACAUGAACAACGUCUCCUUCCGCCUCCCCGAGAAGAUGUCGCUGCUGGAGGCGCGGCAGUACGGCGCCAACGACAUGGCGGUGCAGGAGCUGCCGACCAGGCCGCCGAGAGUGUUCAACUUCACCGACCCGGCGCUGAUCCCGGUCGGCCCCGGCGUGCCGCUGGAGAAGCUGGAGGCCACGCGGAAGGCCACGACAGUGCGGCGGUUCAAGCACAACGCCACGGUGGAGGUGGUGUUCCAGAGCACGGCCACGAUGCAGAGCGACUCCAACCCGAUGCACCUCCACGGCCACGACUUCUUCGUGCUCGCGCAGGGCCACGGCAACUACGACCCGGCCAAGCACGUGAGGAUCUACAACCUGGUGGACCCGCUGCUCAAGAACACGGUGCAGGUGCCGAGGAUUGGAUGGGCUGUCGUCCGGUUCGUCGCCGACAACCCGGGGGCGUGGUUCAUGCAUUGCCACUUCGAGUUCCACAUCGCCAUGGGCAUGGCCACGGUGUUUGAGGUGGCCAACGGAGCCACGCCGGAAGACACUCUGCCCCCGCCGCCGUCAGAUCUUCCAAAGUGCAUACACAAGAAGGAAUAA